UUACCUGCAGCCGUGUCAGAGCACUGCCUUUACGCGCAGAUUGAAAGGGAAAGAUAGAAGCGCUGUAGUCUGUUGCGAUGAAAACAAAGUGGCAUCUCUAUAUUUUAUGGAGUGUUUUAUCACUUGGCCUCAUCAGCAGUGCAGCGGACACUUCUCAAUCCCCAUUUACCAAAGGUAGAAAGGUUUUCAAACUGGGCACGCCUAAACCAAAACCAACCAAAGUUUUAACAACAAGCGGCAGGAAAUCCUCCUACAGGUCACCUGCCAGCACAGCUCCACUGUCUCAACUCAGUUCCCAAAGGCCCAAACCGCCUCCGGUGCAUGCAACACCUCGAUCCAUGCGCUCAAGGGAGCCCCAGGCAAAGACCCGGUCAAAUUUAGCUUACCUUCCAGACGUUUCUGUAACCUGCUCCACGUCCGACUUUGUCGUGCGGGUCAAACCUAAUUUCUAUGGCCUGGGCGCGGAAGCAGAGGAACUGAAACUGGGCAGCUCCUGUAAAAGCAACGGGGUUCUCAGCCCCUACCGUGACCUGCUCUUCACGUAUCCGCUAACAGCGUGUGAUGCUGUGCGUGAGUUGCCUCCAGGUAAUCUGGUCUACAAAUUCAUCCUCCACUACGAGCCUUCGCCAAAACGUUUCCCAAGCAGAGCGCAUCGUAUCGAUGUCAACAUUGAAUGCCGUUAUCAAAGGAACCAUCACGUGUACCAGCUGACAGUGCAGCCCACCUGGGAAACAGCUGUUGUGCGUAAAAGGCUGAAAGGGAAUCCAAAUGACUUCCAGAUGGAGCUGAUGGAUGAUUCAUGGAGCAGACCUUCAAAGUCCCAGGUGUACCAACUUGGACAGACUGUAAAUUUCCAGGUAUCUGCUCCAAAUCUCCAAGCUAAAGGGAAAUUGUACAUCAGUAGCUGCUACGCUACACCAUCCAGUGGCUUUCAAUCGUCUCUCAAAUACACCAUCAUUGAUAACUUCGGCUGUUUGAUGGACAGCAAGAGAGACCCAGGGGCCUCUCAGUUUACCUCCCAGACAGACAGUACCCUGAGGUUCUCCCUGAAGGCUUUCCAGUUCACCUCUGACCCUGACACUGAGGUCAGCAUCCACUGCAAACUAUUUGUCACAUCUGAAGAUCCGAGUCCUGCUCACAAGUCCUGUACCUACAGAGGAAACAGGUGGGAGGCACUGACUGGUGACGACUCCAUUUGUGAAUGUUGUGACUCACAGUGUGUGAACUCUAAACCAAAGAGGGCCAUGAUGGAGGGCUCAGUCAGCAGUGGGUCUAUGCUGGUCUCAGAUCAGCCACAGUCAGAAGAAGAUGGUUUUCCAUCAGUCAGAACCUCCUCAAUCAGCAGGAGCAAAGAUGGCCAGGCCAUUAUCAGUCAUUACUUCGAUGAGCUGCACAGUCCUGAGGAUCUGUUGGAAAGUGUGGAUGUAGCUGAGUUUGAAGACGAAGAGGAGGAUGAAGACGGUUGGGUUUUCUUUGAGGGAAAGACAGAACCUGAUUUAGAUGAGUUAGGCUUCAGUGAUAGUGUGUUAGUGGAGGAAAAGGGAGAACCUGAGGUCAACUUUUCGACUCUCUUUGAAGAUGUAGGAUCUGGGUACUUGAAACAGAAGGAUUUCUCAGAGAGCGAGGAUGAGGAAGGAAGACAAGAUGGAAUCUCUGAUGAACAGCAGGAGGUCCAUCUGCAUCAGGAGGAAGCUGAGGUGUUACGUCAUUGGGUGGAGUUUGAGGAAAUGUUACCAUCAGAGACAGAGUUACAUCAGCUGGCUGUCUCUGAGGAUGAGCAGGAAAACUUUGAGCAGACAGGUAGAGGUGAAGAUGAUGUAGAAAUGAGAGUUUCAGAGGUGGAAUGGAAAAGGGAUGAUGAUUUAGGAGAUAAGGAGCAGACCUGGUAUUUCUCAUGGAGGUAGUAGUAAUUUGAUUAAUCCUUUAGUUUGCUGCUCUGCUCAAAACUAUCAAAACUUUUCCUAAAAGAUUUCAAUAAAAACAUGAAAUACAAAAA